ACGAGCGCUUUGAACUGGUCUAGCCUGGGCGGAGAAAGUGGCGGGGGGCAUCUUGGGUGAGAUUGGAGAUGCAGGCUGCGGCCCUGAAUCUUGCUGCUCUGGGUUGGCGCUCCAGCCCUUACGCUCGUCGGAUCUCUUAACGCUACCUCCCUCCCGCCAGCAAGGACAUGCUGCUGGCCAACUUUAUUUAAACUCCCGAUGGCUGGCUUCCAGAUUGUUCUGCUGCCACUGCUCCCACCACUCCCACCCGCUCCCAGCUGCGGCUCGUUGCUCCCAUCAAUCCCAUCAGCCUCUCGUGCCGGUUGCGAGAGAAAGCUACGGAGCAAAUACCGCGAACGGCUGACCUGUGCUACGGGGCUAGAGCAAGCCUUGCAGGGAUGCUCACCCACGGUGACGUAGGUGUGCCAGGAUCCAUGUGGCUGACUUGCACGCUCGUCCUAUCGACGGGGAGUUUGUACGACACAAACGCCCUCGUCGGCCAUCGUUAAUCCGCCUUAACCGGCGCCGUCUCAAGCUACAGAGGCACUCUUAUAAUCAAGAAAAAGAGGCCUAGGCCAGAUGGGGCCGAGACAUCCACAAUGUAACCAGAGUUUCACAACUCCCAGAGUGGCAUUUGGGGGGACAGCAGGAGGAGCUAUGAGCGCGCGCUGGCCGAUUGAACGAACUAAAACCCCUCAUGCCUGCCGUUGGCUCGUUAUCGGGGAAAUAAGUGAAAAAAGAAAAAAAAGAAAAAAGGAAAAAAAGAGAAUAAAAAGCCAUCGUCUUGUCCACUUU